UCCACUUCUUUUCUCCCUCCAUCGCGGAAGAAACAGGGCAUUUAAGGCUUCGGUUCGGGGUCGCGUCACCCUCCGCGCUCUUGUCCUUGCUGCAUUGUAGUUUAGAAGAAGCAGAGAGUUGGGGUUGUUCUUCCAGUCCACCAGCAGAGGAUUCCUGAGGCCAUGGACCCUCAAGGCAACGGUGACCUCACUGGAGGUGACGAUAACGAGAGGAAGAAGGUGGCUUUGUUGAGGUCCCUCGUCGAGCGCCAAGACCCCGCUGCCAAGGAAGUAGACAACCUGAUGCUCAGAAGGUUUCUGCGUGCACGUGAUCUAGAUAUUGAAAAGGCUUCUAGUAUGUUCCUGAAAUACCUCAAGUGGAGACGGGAAGCUGUCCCGAAUGGUUUCAUCUCAGAGGCAGAAGUCCAAAAUGAGCUUAUUCAGAAGAAGAUUUUCAUGCAGGGAUUUGAUAAGAUGGGGCGCCCUAUUGUAGUUAGCUUUGCUGCCAGACACUAUUACUCCAAGCGAGAUAUGGUUGAGUUUAAGCGUUUCGUGGUAUAUGUUCUCGACAACAUAUGUGCCAGAAUACCUAGCAGUCAGGAGAAGUUCAUUGGCAUUUCUGAUCUUCAAGGGUGGGGAUACUCAAACUGUGACAUUCGGGCAUAUAUUGCAGCUCUAGAUAUCAUGCAGAAUAACUACCCAGAGAGGCUUGGCAAAGUGUUCUUAAUCCAUGUACCUUAUAUCUUCAUGAAGGCAUGGAAGAUGAUAUACCCAUUUAUUGACGACAACACCAAAAAGAAGUUUGUCUUUGUUGAGGAUAAGAAGCUGAGAGCAACACUACUGGAGGACAUAGAUGAGAGCCAACUCCCAGAGAUAUAUGGUGGAAAGUUGCCAUUGGUUUCCAUUGAAGACUCGGCAAACUAGUUCCUUUCGGCCAACCUGUUAUUGUUAAUAGUUCCACUUACCAAACAAAAAUGGAUACUUCGCUGUAGGCAAAGCGUACAUAAAGUAUGCUUCCACAGUAUGCUCAGAUUUCUCAGGCCAUUCGCGAGUCAUGAAAUGAAAGGAGGUGGCAUACGAAGAGGGAUCAUUCUGCCUCACUUCCCAUCCUCUGAAACCUUUAUGUGAUUUUGGAUGAAAUUUAAUCACCCCCCUGACGCUGUUUUAUCAUGUAGGUAGUAUCUACCAUCCAUCAUUGAGCAGGAUUAUCAAAGGACUACUGUUAAGUUGUGCUAAUCAUAACUUUACAAUAAGAUUAGCAUCCUGCCUUUUAUAAUUUUAACUCAAUUCCAAAGCUUUGUGGCUUUGCGAAUCAAUGAUCUUGCAA